UUAGGAAACACGGAACAGCCCGUGAAAAACCAAAAUAACUGAGAAACCAAAAGGACACGUUUUAGAGCGAGGCAUAUAAAUAAUAGUCCUACAUUACAAGCCUAUAUAUUGUCAUACUACCCUUUAUUAGAAUUGCAGUCAAGUCUCUAAACUCCAAUCCUCCCCAUGAAUGAAUUAGGUAUGUUCAUUUUACUUCUUUUGUUCUUCUUCCAUGUCAAAGCACAAUCUCCCAGCUCUGAGCAGGACACGCUUUCCCAACAUCCAACCAGUUUUCAACAAGCGAACACAACAUUUAUCAUUGGUGUCCUGUGUGUCAUGGUUUCACUAAUAUUCAUCCUCCUUGUCUUUGCAAAGUUCCGUCUUGUGUCAUCAUCUGUUGAUAACAAUCAACCAACUCAAGAUGGAGUACUUACUCAAUCAAGGACUCGAUUCUCCGGAAUUGAUAAAACAGUGAUUGAGUCUCUUCCUUUCCUCAGAUUCUCUUCACUCAAGGGGUCAAGGGAAGGACUUGAAUGUGCUGUUUGCCUAUCUAAGUUCCAAGAUACCGAAAUUCUUCGGUUACUGCCCAAGUGCAAGCAUGCCUUUCACAUCAACUGCGUUGAUCCAUGGCUCGAGAAGCACUCAAGCUGUCCUCUUUGCAGGUCUAAGGUCAGUGCUGAUGACCUUACGUACUCCAAUAGCUUAAACUACUUAUGGAACCAGUCAGGGCAGCGACAAGACUCAAACAUGGAGCUUCUUGUUUGCAGAGAGGAAGACCAUCAUGGUUUUUCAAAAUUUAGAAUUGCAAGCAGCUUUAGCAAAUUUGAAAAGGGUAAAAGAGAAAAAGAAUUGGCAAUCCAAGAAGAUUUUGAUAGUGAGGAUGAUGAAAAAGGUCUGCAUAAGUUGAAGAAUAGAUGGAGCAGUGUGAGUUCUUCUGACCUCAUGCUCUUGAAUUCUGAGAUGCUUAAUGCUAUGCCAAGCUAUAGAUUCUCUUCCUUGGAUACAAAUAUUGAUCAAUUCGUUACAGAGAGAUCCAUGUCAGAGAUAACAGUUCAUCCAAGAUUCAUAGAGUGGAGCAUGGAAACUAGUAUUAGAUCAGACUCAACUCCUCCUGAAAAUAAUGUCAAGGAGGAAAGAUUGAGGAGGCUUUGGUUGCCAAUUGCAAGAAAAACAGUUCAAUGGUUUGCCAAUAGAGAGAAAAGGACACAACAGUACUCUCACAACACAAGACACUCACUAAAUGUGUAGUUUUGCUUUGGGCACUUCAGGCCUGUUCUUAUCAACUGCCAGUGACAAGUUUGAAACCUCUCAUUGAAAACGUGUCUGUUGAUCUUGUUUUUUUGUAAAUUGAUUUGUAAAAGCACUGUAUAUAUAUGUUUUAUACAUAAAAUCCAUCAUGUUAAGUUGAAGUUAAUUUGAAAAAGAAAAAACAAAAUUCCUUUAAUCCAACAACCAACAAUGUUAUCUUUCAUAAAUGUUAUUCUAGCCCAAGAGACUCUCGACUCGAUUCCACUUCAGGCCCACGUUGAUGGCAUCGGGUAAAUGAAUAGGCCCGAUCAAGUCUCGGGUCUUAAAAUAAUUUCCAAUUAC